AUGCCUGCCAAGAAUUCCAAAAGGAAUCCCAUCCAACCAGUGCCUGAGAAGCGCGGUUAUGAAUUUGGUGGCCCGCUCGGUGCAUUCGGCAUUGUCUUCGGUCUCCCAGCCCUGAUCUACCUCUUUACCUUCGUCUGCAACGAUAUCUCUGGCUGUCCCGCACCGGGUCUCCUGAGCCCUUCCACCUUGUCGCUCGACCAAUUGAAGAGGGAAGUGGGCUGGCCGGAGGAGGGAUUCAUUGCGCUUUAUGAUACCAAAGUUACUCUGUGGACAUUGAGCUAUUAUGCCUUCAGCUUGUUCUUGCAGGUCUUCCUGCCUGGCCAGGAGGCCGAGGGCUCAAUGCUGGCUUGCGGAGGCAAGCUGAAGUACAAGUUCAAUGCUUUCCCUUCUGCCAUCAUCAUUCUCUCUGGCCUCGCCGGAGGAACUUAUCUCUAUGGAGCCGACUUUGUGGUGUGGACUUUCCUGUGGGAUAACUAUAUCCAGGUGAUCACAGCAAACUUGUUCAUCUCCUCUUCGAUCGCAAUUUUCGUCUACCUGAAGAGCUUCACCGUGCCAGAGGCUGGCAAGCUCAACCCAAGCCUGCGCGAGCUCGCACCUGGUGGUCACACGGGCAAUGUGCUUUACGACUUCUUUAUUGGUCGUGAGCUCAACCCUCGUAUUACCCUGCCCAUUCCCUUCGUCAGCGAAGCUUCCCGCACCAUUGAUAUCAAGGUGUUCAUGGAGAUGCGACCUGGCCUGCUUGGAUGGACAAUCCUGAACCUGUCCAAUGUUGCCCACCAGUACCGAACCUACGGCUACGUCACCGACUCCAUUGUUCUCGUCACCAUCUUUCAGGCAUUCUACAUUUUGGAUGCCCUCUACAUGGAGCCCGCUAUCAUGACCACCAUGGACGUUAUCAUGGACGGAUUCGGCUAUAUGCUGUCUUUCGGUGACGUGGUCUGGGUCCCCCACGUGUACAGCAUCCAGAGCCGCUAUCUCUCGGUCUUCCCAUAUGAGUUGGGUCUGACUGGUAUCGCCGUUGUUCUGGGUGUUACUGCUCUCGGUUACUCGAUCUUCCGCGGCGCCAACAACCAGAAGAACCGUUUCCGCACCAACCCCAACGACCCGCGUGUCAAGAACAUCAAGUACAUCGAGACUGCUGCUGGAUCUAAGUUGAUGAUCUCUGGCUGGUGGGGUUUGGCACGUCACAUCAAUUACCUGGGCGACUGGACCAUGUCAUGGGCUUACUGCCUGCCCACUGGCGUUGCAGGCUACGUUCUCAUUGAGAGCAUUAAUCCUGCCAGCGGUGAUCUCCAGAAGCAGGCCGUACAGACCCCCGAGGUUCGUGGCUGGGGUAUGAUCUUCACCUACUUCUACAUGGUCUACUUCGGCGUCUUGUUGAUUCACCGUGAGAUGCGCGACGAAGAGAAGUGCGAGAAGAAGUAUGGUGCUGAUUGGAAGCGCUAUACCUCUAUUGUUCGCAGCCGCAUCAUUCCUGGAAUCUACUAA